AUGGCGCUACCCUCGACUCUGCACAUUGGCCAACGCCGCUUUUUCUUCUCGAAUGUCGAGCGCAUGCGCAUCAGGCUAGCCCAGAGCGAUCCCAGUUCCUUCUCCAACUAUGGCUCCCAUCGGACUCGCCCUGGGCCUGGCCCUCUCCACCCGAGGAACCCCUCGACAUCCCUGAGGAGGCAUCGUCUGGAGAAAAAUAGACCUCAGAAUCUUCGCAAACCCGGCUCAUUACAACUGGCCUACUUGGUCGCCGAGGCGGACUCGCAAUGCUUCCAUUCUCUCCCCGCUAAACUCCAACAGAAGCUCUUCUCUCCGGAGGAACGGAUCCGUUUGCGCAGCGCCUAUCGGGAGAGUGUCAUCCUCGACGCUGCCGACGAGGCGUUCUAUCGUAGACCUAAUACUCGGGGUCGCCACUCCAACGACAGCCACCCGUCAGAAGCCACUUUACCUGUCGCGCAGCUAUCAUCCGUCUUUUACGACUCUGACUCGGAUUUGGACUCCGAGGACGAUCUUGAUCCCAGAAUGGAUCAGUCACUUUACGACAGCUUUCGCUGGCUCGAUGAGGAUGGUGAUUUGGACCUGUCACUGGACGAAUACCAUGCACAUGUGGCCGAAUCAGCUGCAGCGAGGUUGAAGUCUCGCCGUCGUCCCUCCUUCCGGCGGUCCCUCUCCAUUUCUAAACAUGCUCUGAGGCACCGACCAACAGCCUCAUUGCCCCCUCGUCCAUUGCCUUCCAGUCCUUCUAUACCGCCCCUGAGUCCGAUCGCCAGUACUGAUCGCUCGAUUUCGCGCCCAGGAUCUCGUCGUCAACCAUCACAUGCACCGAGGUCAUCAACCUCGAGUAUUGACCCUGAGGCGCAGUACUAUCAGGACCCUGAUGCUCGUCUCAAACUGCGGGUCUACCUCGCAUCUCCACAGAAAUUCGAUGAGGCUAUUGAGUUCGGCUUCCCCUCGUUGGACCAGGAUAAGGAAAACAUCCCACCGGAGCUACCUGCUACCCCAGAGCCGGCGAGCGAGUCUCAUGACUUCUGUGGAACUUUUUUUGAAGAUGAAGACGGGACUAUGAUUGGUAGCCCAGGAGGGUCGUUGAAUGAUCCACCCACGCCACAACUCCAGCCACAGAUACGAGAAAGUUCUCAAACAUCCGUGGACCACCAGUCGUUACUGCAGCGGCGUCAAUCGUCACUCCCCGGGUCGAAAGCUAGUCCGCAACGACUACUGGGGAAUCGCGAGAUGACCCUGAAGAUGACCUUGACCCGACCCGACCUUCGCACCGAGUCUCCCGCUUCAUCACAGAAGUCACCUCAGGAAGAUCCAUUGCAAUUGGCAGCACUUCCACCAGCAGACCGCAGCCAACAUAUUUGGGAUUCAGAUCUACACGAAUCAGGCACAAUGAAGAAGAUGUGGCGCAAGCUCCUUCGACGAGCCUAA